CAGCUCGCCGCGCUUUCCAAGGGAGAAGCUUUCAGGCUCCAAAAUAGGAAGCUUAAACCGCCUUGCAGCCUCGCCGACUUCUUUAUGCAGCCCGCGCCAGGCGGUGCGGCUGCAGCAGCCUCCCGCUUGGGCUCUUGCGGGAAGGAAAGAAGGAGGCAGCUGGGAAAGAAAAACAGGGGAAGAGAGAAGCCGCUCCAAACAUAGGAGAGCCCGAGGAGCCAUAAAGGAAACGACUUUGGGUUGUUUUUUUAAAUCCAGGCCCAGCUUCGCCUUGGUUUCCAUGACAGUUAUUAGGUAACAGAGAAAUUGAAUUGUCUCCCACAAUGCUCUGGAGAAAGAAAGCGGUGGGGGGAGAGGUUGCUCCCGUGACAAAGCAGCGGAGUUCUGACUUGCAGUAACUCGCUCCAGUGAGCGUUUCAUACUCCCUGGAUUAUCGGCCUCUCUUCUCCUCCGCUCAAUUGAGGCUGGCGGCGGGGGUGGGGGGAAAUUCUUUUUUCUUUUCUUUUUUCCGAGGAAGGAAGACCUUGUGUUUUUCUCCCAGCUGCUUUGACGCGCUACACAUACACACAGGCGCGCGCGCGCACGCGCUAUUCUUUCUUUAAUCUAGCAGCAAAAGGAUAUGCGCAGUUAUCCAGGUGGGUUACUCGGCAGGAGCGAAGCUUGGAGACGUCCAAUCAGGCUCGGGCAACCUGCAGCCCUGUCAGAAUGCCUCUCCAACAGAUCUCGGUAGUCCCAGCGCGGGAGGCGGCCAGCAAUGGGAGAAGUUCAAUGCGAAGAAACAAAGAGAAGAACAAGGGAGUCGAGCAGUGUGGAUUAUAACUGUGAAGGAGGCCCAAGCAACUCCAGCAGUAUUUACAAAAAGUUCAAGUCGAUUUCAGCAAUUGGGACCACUUAAUGAGAAUUUCAGAAAUUGAAAAGGGAUAAGUGGAAGGAGAAAAUGUUGGGCUGGUGCCAAGCGAUAGCUCGUAAUCCUCACAGACUCCCAAACAGCACAAGAACCCCUGAGGUCUCAGGUGAUGCUUCACACAUUUCUGCCUUGAAUGAUAAAUCUCCAGGCCGCUCAACAAGUCGGUCAAGUAACAUUUCAAAGUGUUUCUGAUGAUGUUAUCUACCUGAAGUGCCAGAGAUCAGCAGCGUCCCAUAGCAUCUUACAGACAAAAAAAAAGGCAAGCAGCCCUACCACUGGAACAGCUCCCAGGAGCCAAUCUCGGUUAUCGGUAUGCCCUUCUACUCAGGACAUCUGUAGAUCUCCAGCCUUGCAUGACAUUUCAGAAGAGAAGUUUGAAACCUCAGUCACAAUGCUGACUUCUGCUCGUAAAGAGCCUGGUAAGAAACAGUUGAAACGAAGGGUUAGGCGGCGAAAGGAGGCUGAAGAGACCAGUAAACAUGCAGAAAAGCAAAAAGAAGAAAAAGAUGGCUAUGUGCCCACCAAAAUUACAAAUACUAGGUGGAACCAUUUGUGUAAUGCAUCAUCUGAUUCAUCAACUUCAGAUGAGAAUGCCUGGGCCCUGGUUAGAAAGAGAGAAAGAGCCAAAAUGCUCAAAAGAACAAGGAAAAGGAAUAGCUCAAACACUCAACAAAAUGGCUCUUCCAAUAAGGACACCACUGAACUUGUUGCUGUGCAGACAAAUGGGGAAGAGAAGAAAGAAACAGCUGAGCCUGAAGAUCCCAUUUUAAAUCACCAGCAGGGCAAGACUUCAAGGUGGAAAGAAACCAGCCACCCCCCGUCAUCAGUAUCCUCUGUGGAGGCAAGAAAAUCCUUGAGACAGUGUGGAAAAAACAAGUUCAAGAACAACCACAAGGAUCCUGAGACUUCAGAUUACAUUAGGCAAGACAGACAAAUCAAAGAAGAAUGUGUUUCAGAGAGAGUCUCAGGCAGUGAUGCUCUAUCAGUUCCGGGAAAUGGAAUACCUGUUGGGACAAGACCUGCUGGGGCCACUGCAGCUCAGAAACCCCCUGUGUUGUAUGAUGACUGGUCUGAUGAUAUCUCAGAGUGCAGGAUCUGUCAUUGUGAGGGAGAUGACGAAAACCCCCUCAUCACACCAUGUCGCUGCACAGGGACUCUACGUUUUGUUCAUCAGGCCUGCCUGCAUCAGUGGAUUAAGAGCUCAGACACACGAUGCUGUGAACUCUGCAAGUACGACUUUAUAAUGGAGACCAAGCUCAAACCUCUUCGAAAGUGGGAAAAACUACAAAUGACAACAAGUGAGAGAAGGAAGAUAGUCUGCUCAGUCACAUUCCAUAUCAUUGCUAUUACCUGCGUAGUUUGGUCAUUGUAUGUUUUAAUAGAUCGGACUGCUGAGGAAAUUAAACAAGGCAAUGACAAUGGUGUCCUGGAGUGGCCAUUUUGGACAAAACUGGUUGUGGUGGCCAUUGGAUUCACCGGUGGCCUCGUGUUCAUGUACGUACAAUGUAAAGUGUAUAUUCAGCUGUGGCGAAGGCUGAAGGCUUAUAAUCGAGUGAUAUUUGUUCAAAACUGUCCAGACACUUCUAAAAAAAUAGAGGAGAAAAAUUUUUCCUCUGUUCAGAACACUGAAAUCAAAGACGCUGUGGUGGUGCCAGUGACACAGACAACUACAAACUCUCAGCAAUCAGGAGAAGAAACUGCUUCUGACGUCAUGCCAGUUUGAUGGAAAUGGCAUUUCCCCCCCUUCACUUAAGAACAAAGCAACGUGCUUUCUCCUAUUCAGCCACAGGAAAGGGCAAAACCGCUAAGAAUUUUUUAAUGAAGAGCAAACAGAAAAAUAACCAGGAAAAUGGAUGAGAAGAAAUUACACAUUACCUCUGGAAUGCAUAUUGUGAAGUAAUUUUGCACCUUUCUGGCUAAGCACAGUGGAAAUGAAGAAAUUAUAGCAGAGACCCAGCCUGACAGGCAAACAUAGCAGCACCAUUAUCAGUGGCUGAAAAGAACUGCCCUUGGACAUGUUACAGGUGUUUUGUUUACAGGGCAGGGGAACCCUUAUGUAUUUGCUACUAUGGUCUUUUGCUAAUUAUCAUACUCUUGAACACACACUUUAAAACAAUUUUUAAAAGUAUUAACCCUUAAAAUCAUAUAAGAGAGAACAUGCAUCAUAGCACAAAUUAAUGCUGAGGUGGUUUACCCAUAGCAUCUAUGGUUUCGAAGAGGUGUAAAAGAAGACCAUUGCUAAAGUAAUAACUUUAAAAAUAGAUUUAAAAAUGGAGAAUUUGCAGCUUAAUGCCAUUGAAAACAUUUUACUUGGCCCACAGUAAGCAGAUGUUUUGCCUCAAGGCUUCUUUGCAGGGUGCUAUAUUCCUCUGGAAUAGCAGCUCAGCUACAGUUUAAAGAAAUGAAGGAACUUUUUAAAAAAACCCAUGCUAAAAUUAUUUUGCAACAAGGCAAUGUGUUUUAUGGUUAGAGGCAAUUAUAAAGCAGAGGGCUACUUUAGUUCACUGCAAGAUUGUAAUGCUAUUUCGAUACUUAUUUAUUAGUGUAUGAAAUAUGCAAAGGGUGGGAGAAGUCUGUUCUUUUGUUUUAAGAAGUCAGGAUAGAACAGAAACGGAGAAGUCUUGAAAGAGUCAAUGUAGGCAGUAUUAUCAUUAUGCCAGUAUUGCUUUUAUCAAUUAAGAGACCACUGGAUACAUGUGGUAUCUUCUAUCUAUACAGGGGGUAAUUGAGCCAAGGGUUCAGUAGUUCAAUUGAUCAUAUUGUGUUCAGUAUUUUUAUGUAAAACUGAAAUGUGACUAAUAAACAAAUGCAGCAGAUGCAUGCCAGUAUAAUGAUGUGCCCAGCAGGAAUAAUUGAUGCAAAAACAGGUAUUGGCAUCCCCUUUCAGAAAUACCCUGUUUCCCCGAAUAUAAGACUUCCCCUGAAAAUAAGACGUAGUAGAGGUUUUGCUGAAGUGUGAAAUAUAAGGCAUCCCCCAAAAGUAAGACGAAGCAAAGUUUUUGUUUGGAAGCAUGCCCGCCGAACAGAACCCAGAAAAAUAAGACAUCCCCUGAAAAUAAGACAUAGCGCAUCUUUGGGAGCAAAAAUUAAUAUAAAACACUGUCUUAUUUUCGGGAAAACACGGUAUGUACCUAAAGAUGUCUAAAUCAGAUGUCUAAAUUUCUCCUAAAGAGAAAAAGGUCAGACUUAUAUACCACUGUUAAUGCUUGUUGAAUGUAUUGUGAGUUGUGCCUAAGUAAUGUGAGUAAUACAAGGACAGUGUUACCUGUAAUGGGGAGAGAUUUAUGCUGGCAAUUGAUUAAACGAAGUUAUUGCAAAUGACUACAUGUCAUGCUGAAAAUUCUAAACCCUCAAUAAGUUCUUGGUCCUGAAAAGAUAUGAUGCAGCCAGCAAAUAGGAGAAAAGUCAAUGGGUGUUUUCCCACAUAUGUCUGUGGAUGGUGACUCCAAUUGUCAUCUUAGAAUCCUGACUCAGGUUAAAAAGGUACUAACUAUAAGUUUAAUAUUAAGGCAGAUUUAACAAGAAUUUAAAAAGUGUCGGAGAUCAUCAUUGCGUAGAAACUGUAUAACUGACCUGUCAUGAGCAAACAUGGUUAAUCACAAGCUCAAACUAUUCAUAAGGUUCAGAAUAAAAAACAAACAGAUGAAACAGGAAUGGGAUUAUACAGUUCAGAUCACUAUUAAAUUGGAUGGUUUGUGACAAUAACUGGCUUUGGGGGUAUUUCUAUGUGAGCAUUGUGACUAAAACUUUGUUUUACUUGGACAGCCUGAUUGUAGCACAAGAGUGAGAGUGUAAAGUAGUGACCGGACAUCAAAGAUGCAAUCCAAUUAACUUACAAUAUAAAAGUGUAUUCAGACCAUCAGUUUUUUAAAUGAUAAUUUUGGCCGUCAACACAAGAGUUUAGAUAAAAUAGGUUUCGCGUACAAUGUGUUUAGCUUGAAGGGCCCAUGCCUUUGGAGAAAGUCGAAACCUGAUUUCUAAUUAAUUUUCCAAUACAAUAAUGUAUUGGAGGAAUUCAAAAUAAAACCUUGUACCAAGGGGUCUCAUCUUAUGUUUGCUGCAUAUCACCAGGUACUGCAAAAAUUGUCCAAAAAGGAAUCAGAGGGGACUUUGAGAAUCAGUAUGCCAACCUACAAUCUCCAUGAGAAGUUAGCUUCCCUUUGCUGCUUUGGUUUUUUAAAAAUAAUACAUUAUUCAGUUUGCUGCUUCUGAAACUCAACACAGGUGUAGCUAAAGCAUCUUUGAACAAAUUGCAAACACUUAAAAGAAAUAAAGAUACCAGUUGUUAAACCAAUUGCAAAACUACAUCUUUUGUAGCCCCAGUUAUGGAGAUCUACCAUUAGACAUAUCAGAAGCUACAACUGGCACAGGUGUUGAAAGUAUACAAUUUCACAGUAUAAAAAGUAUAAAAAGACAGUGUUAAGGCAAAAUUAUUUCUAAGAAAUGCUCUACAGAGCUUCAAAGCACAUGUCCACACACAUCCCCAUCACCAAAUUAGCUGUCAAAUUCGGAUCCUUGCACAGCAAGGCAAUCUAUGAUGCAAAAUAUUUUUCUGUGUAUGAUUGUUGGACCUACGAGUUUUGUUACUUGUUUUAACUGGUUCUUUCGCAAAAAAAAGCUUAGAUGCUUUUGUGGGUGGCUUAUGUAUUAAAAGAUAUUUGGGGUGGGAAGGAAACGUAAUAUAAACUACUAAUUGUUGUGGAAAAAUGUAUUUGUAUUAAACAGAUGCCACAAA